AUGAGUUUACUACCACCUGAAGAUGAAGGGGAUGGAGUGGAGGUAGCUUGGGAGGAUCAGCAACGUAUAAACACGUUCUCAAAGUUGAAUAAUCGGAUGUCUGAUAUACAAGAUCUGUUGAAGAUAAAGAAUGAAGAGAAAGAAUAUUACGACGAUCUUUCUACCGAGUUAGAAUUGGCAGAUGAAGAUUCAGAACCAAUAUUAUAUAAACUAGGAGAAGCUUUCUUUCAUCUCAAAUUGAAAGAUGCUAGAAGACAAUUAAAAUCGGAUUUGAAGAGAUAUGAUACAGAGAUCGAAGAAUUAGAAGGGAAAAAAGGUGAAUGUGAAAAAGGAAUGAAAGAUUUGAAAGUUCAUUUAUACGCCAAAUUCGGCAAACAAAUCAACCUUGAAACUGGACCAUAA